CUUGUAUGUCCGUUUUGAGCCCUCCCUAGGACUGGUUCUUGGCUUGGGCGCUCUCGAGCGGUUGAGAUGCCGUCAACACCAGGAUUGGUGUGGUAGCGAUGCGGUAGAAGCAUUGUGGCAAGUGAUGGCGCCUAUCGGGCGCAAGUUACGAGGACACAGACAACAGAGGCACAUCAGAAGGGUGAGCGUCGACUCGCAGGGACUGGAAGGACCGUGACAUGGUUGGGCUUGACGAUUCGAGGAUAAAAGACCACCGAACCGACGCCACUUUUGCUUAGGGGCAGCCUAGGCGGAUUGUCCGCAAGAGAGGAGGAGGAGGAGCGUGUGCUCCUUUGGGUGCUUGUUGAGGCACUGACGAAACAUUUUAGCCGGUGGAGGUGCCCGAGCCAAACUUGGAGGUUUGGGCGAGGAAGCAGAAUAGUCACGGGCCUGACGCAGGCGAGGGAGGGAGGACUUGAAAAGAAAUCAUCAGCACGGAAGGUGAUUUUAUUAGUAAAGGGCACCUAGGUACCUGAUCGUUUCUCCGUCACUGCAGGUGGAACAAAGUCACCCUCAAUGUCGUAAUGCCGCCAGUGACGGCGGUCAACAGAAGAUUCGCCGAAGUCAUUAGAACGGGGGAUAACGUAAGUUUCGCGUGUUGUGGUAACGGGUUGCUCCAGGAUGAUGUUGUUAUUCGACGGUUUAGCGAAGAUUCUCCAGUAGUACAGCGUAAAUACAGAAAAAGCACUGCAGUAUCUCUAUUGCUGGUAGUUGCAGUGUAGCAGUAAAGCCGAGCCUGAAGAAGUGUGCCAGUGAGUGCGCCGCCUGGAAAGUGAACCCUCCCGUCUCAAGCACGACACUGACACUACCUACACUACUACUGCGGCAUUCACUACCACCACCACGACAGCUGCUCCCAAACUGCGCCGCACUCAAACCUUGCCAUCAACCAACAUCGCAUCAUCCGUUGUUGUUUCUCACUCUCGACUGCUCGCUGGCUGUACCAGAUCUAUCUUUCUUAGAGUUCAAACCCUCUGCCUCUUCGCCCACAGCCCUACGAGCCUGGCAACACGAAUCAUGAUUGAGAACCUGCGUCUGUAAGAGGCGUCGACCUCGUCAGGUUUGGCGUUCCACAUUUUCACGCACCUCGAGUCUCCUCCGCGACACGCACCACCUCAACUGCCACCACACGCUUUUCCGCCGUCGCAGCAGUUCUUCAACUCCUCCUCUGUCUUGCUCUGCAACGAAUCCGACCUUCACACCACCUAUCUCGCUGCCAAACCGCCACGAAAAGGAACCCCUGCACGCUCUCGCAUGCGGCCGGCCUUCGGCGACGAUCCACGUAGUUGGACCUCGUUCUCCACAAUCAGGGUUUCUCUGGGGACAAAAUGUCUACACCUUCGAUAGCGACCACCACCAUACCAGCACAUCAUUCACAAUACGGUUAUGGCCAUCAGAAUCCAUAUUCGCCGUCGACACGGACGUACCCCGCAACAAAUGCAAUGCCUGCACCGCAACGGUUGACCACUUCUUACCAUUCCUAUCCGGCUACCGCUCAAUAUCCCCAACCUCAGCAGUCCCCGGGCUCGUACAGACCGCCCUCCAACGUCUCGUCCAUGGCUCCUUCUCAAUCGGCCUCAACCCUCCCGGACAACCAACGACGACAGCCAAACUGGAAUGAAUUUUACAAGAACGGCAUUCCGAAAGAGAUUAUUGUUAUCGACGACGAUUCCCCAGAACCUCAAUCUGGAACCGACAACGCCAGACCCAAUCCGCAUCCCGAAACAUCGGCAUAUCCAUCGAACGCCGGUAGGAAGAGAAAAGUUGACCAAGGCUAUGAAAUCGAAUACACAGAUAGCCCGGCGUAUUCCACACACCCGACAAAAUUUGGUGCUUCGUCAUCGUCGGCCUCUUAUCAUUCUGGGGAUAGGACCACUUCUAUUCAAACUGUGACGGCUCCCACAUCGCUCGAGUCCUAUGCCAGUAACCCUGCAAGCCACAGUUAUGAAGAUGUCAGAGUGGGCCAAAAACGAAAGAGGGUGCAACCGGCAAAGGAGACAAGAGCACAAGCCAAACGAAAACAACAGGAAACCGCGGAUGCCUAUGCAGACUAUGUUCCGCCCUCCAAACCCUUGCGAAAGGCCGCGGAUGUCCAUGUCCCUGUGAUUCGUGAUACUCUGCACAAGCACCAAAAAGUGGACGAUGACGACGGUCAUUAUAUCGUCACACCGCACACUCCACUGACAGAUAGAUAUGAUAUCGUCAGACUCCUUGGCCAGGGAACUUUUGGCAAAGUUGUCGAAGCCUACGACAAGAGAAAGAAGACGAAAUGUGCUGUCAAAAUCAUCAGGUCUGUCCAGAAAUAUCGCGACGCAUCUCGCAUUGAAUUGCGUGUUCUCUCCACGCUUGCUCUGAACGACAAAGACAACCGAAAUAAGUGCAUCCACCUGCGGGAUUCAUUUGAUUUUCGGAACCACAUUUGCAUAGUGACGGACCUGCUUGGCCAAAGUGUUUUUGACUUCCUCAAAGGAAAUGGUUUCGUGCCUUUCCCAAGUUCUCAAAUCCAAAGCUUUGCCCGGCAGCUGUUCACUAGCGUGGCUUUCCUUCACGACUUGAAUCUGAUUCACACUGAUCUCAAGCCCGAGAAUAUCCUCUUGGUGCACAACGCCUAUCAAACCUUUACUUACAACCGAACAAUCCCAUCAUCAUCUCACACGACGGCCAGGACGGCUCGACAAAGACGCGUCCUUCUUGAUAGCGAAAUCCGACUCAUCGACUUUGGCUCUGCCACUUUCGACGACGAAUAUCACUCGUCAGUGGUCUCGACUAGGCAUUACAGAGCCCCUGAGAUCAUACUGCAACUCGGAUGGAGUUUUCCCUGCGAUAUUUGGAGCAUAGGGUGCAUUAUUGUGGAAUUCUUUACGGGAGAUGCCCUCUUCCAGACGCACGACAACCUCGAACACCUGGCCAUGAUGGAAGCUGUCUGCAACGGGAAAAUUGACGCAAAGCUGGUCAGGGCCGUUUGUUCCGGGGGACGCGGUGCCAACGCAAACCCUGCUGCCAAGUUUUUCAACCGCGGCAAGUUGGAUUAUCCCAACAGUGAAACGUCCAAGGCCUCGCGUAAGUACGUUAAGGCCAUGAAACACCUCCAUGAAUUCAUUCCGGCCAACACAUCUUUCAACCGGCAACUGCUCGACUUGUUGCGCAAGAUCUUCGUGUACGACCCAAAGCAAAGAAUAACAGCCAAAGAAGCAUUGAAACAUCCGUGGUUCAAGGAAACACUGGUGGAUGAUGGUACCGAGGCUAUACGGAUACGGGAGGAACGUGCCAACGCGACUGGUGUGGGACCGGAUGCUAAGCGGCCACGGGUGUGAUCGGAUUACAUGCAAUUGCGAGGGCUCAUACCAAUAUUCCGAACGACAUUCACGAUCAUAGUACACGGCAACCGCUUCUUGCAUCGCUGAUAGCGAACUUCCUUCGAGCGACUUAUGAGUGCAACGAUUGAUUUGGAACGGCUUGCCAGUCCUCCAAACGUAAGAGGCGUGUGCGCGCACGGUCCUUGGAAAUAUGACGAGGUACCACAAUCAUCUGUCCAUUCUCCUGAUGGCAGAUGGUUUGUGGAGGAUAAGGAUAGUGGUUACGAUGAAGGCUCGCUCUAAGGGUUCCGAGGUAAACGGGUAUGAACGAUUCGAAGUGGGCGGCGCUGCGUCAGGACAGGGUGUUGAUCACUCCCACGGCCCAGAGUCGGUGUUGAAGUCCUGACUGCAACCAGCAUGCUCGCAACUCCGUCUGGACAAGUCUACCGUGGGGCUCCGCUGAGGAAGAGCCAAAGAAGAGGCUGGAAGGGGUCGUACUACUUUUACCAUUAGUCGAAAACACAGACACAGAAGUAUGGAGCAUAGAAUCGAACAUGAUCCAGUA